AUGGCGGCUACCGUCGUCAUUACGUUGUUCUACGUUCUCCCUGUGUUGUUGUGUGUGUUGAUGCCCGUCAUUGUCGUAUACUGGCGAACGCUGCGGUUUUACGUAAAGUAUUUUCUGUACAACAGUUGCUAUAUGGUCAUUGGGUGUUUAAGUAUACCGUUUUGCCUUCUGAAGCCAGGUGACGUUGAUAAUGGAAGGUGGGCAGCUCUGUUUACACGGGAAUCAGUUAAACACCUGUUUGGAAUCAAGAUUCAUGUACGUCACAUCGAACGUCUCCAAUCAGAAACUCCGUAUAUUAUAAUAUGUAACCACCAGAGUAACAUGGAUAAUAUGGCUAUGAUGGAAAUAUUGCCACCGCGGUGCACUGCUAUUAUGAAGAAGUCGACGAAAUUCGCCGGAACUGUUGGACUGUUGUGUAUUCUUUGCGGAGUGAUAUUCGUUGAUAGAAGCAAUAGGUCGCAAGCGAAACAAGCUCUGGAGCAAACAAUGAAAAUAAUCAAGAAAAAAAAUGCUAAAGUUUGGAUAUUUCCGGAAGGUACACGAAAGGACAACACUGAAUGUUCAGAUCCAAUGUUGCCAUUCAAAAAGGGUGCGUUUAAUUUAGCUGUUCAUGCUCAGGUCCCGAUCGUUCCAGUCGUCUGUUCUUCUCAGUCGAAGUUCUUUAGUUAUAAGGAAAAGAAAUUCACACAAGGUAAAUUUACAGUAACCGUGAUGCCACACGUGGACACGUUUGGACUCACUUUGGAAGAUGUACCGACAUUAGCUGAGAAAACGAGACAAUCCAUGAUAGAUGUAUACAAGACACAUCCCGAGAUACGGACGCUAUUAAUAGAAAUGAUCACCGGUCAUAACAACAACGUUGCCUGGUAA